GUUUUGGAGAGUUUGUUGAAGGAGUGACAGACCAUUUGAGACAGCUGCUUUGAGCCUUUGAUGAGUGGUUUGUUCAAGUGUUCAUAAAAGCAUAAAAGCAUAGAAGGCAUCCACCUGAGGUAAAUGUCAGGCGCUGAAUGUGAAGAAGAAGUCAACCCAACGGAAGACGAAGAAGAAGAGGAAGAAACGGUGAUAGGGUUAGGAUCUUACAAAGGAAAAGUUCGAAUGGUGAGAGGAGAUCCCUCCGAUGAGAUGAUGUUGCUUUGGGGACUUCAACAGCCAACGUUCUCUAAACCCAAUGCUUUCGUCGCUCAGUCUUCUCUCAACCUCUCCCUCGAUGCUUGCGGACGUUGUCUCUCCAUUUCUCAGUCCCCUUCUUCACUGGGUGUUCCUGGAGUAACUGGAUCAGUUAUGUGGGACAGUGGAAUUGUUUUAGGGAAAUUUUUGGAGAAUGCAGUGGAAACAGGAUUACUUGUUCUUCAAGGCAAGAAGGUUGUUGAAUUAGGUGCAGGAUGUGGCUUAGUUGGAUGUAUUGCAGCUCUUUUAGGUUCUCAAGUUAUUCUUACAGAUAUGCCAGAUAGACUAAGGCUUCUAAAAAAGAAUGUUGAAGAUAAUUUAUAUGGAGAUGUGAGAGGUUGUGCAACAGUUAAUGAGCUUACAUGGGGAGAUCAUGCUGACUCAGCAUUGGUGGAACCUUUACCUGAUUUUGUGAUAGGAUCAGAUGUGAUCUAUAGUGAAGAAGCAGUAACAGAUUUGUUAGACACCCUACUAGAACUCAGUGGGACCCAAACAACAAUUAUUUUGGCUGGAGAACUUCGAAAUGAUGCUAUCCUUGAAUAUUUCAUGGAAGUGGCAAUGGAGGAUUUCAUCAUUGGGCGUGUAGAUCAAGAAGGUUGGCAUCCGGAUUAUAAAAGUCCACGUGUUGCUAUGUAUGUAAUGGUUAAGAAGUCGAUGCCAUAGUGAUGAAUUGUUUUUGAUUCGUAACAUAUAGUGUGUUGUGCUUAUUUUUUUUUUUGUUCAUGAAUUUUGUUUUUCUUUAAGAGAUUCAAGAAACCACAUGUUGAUGUUUGGUAGUUUGUAGGUUAUAACAGUUUUCUUUACAAUAGUAAAAUUGUAAUGUGACACGUUUUACAUGACAAUGGAACAAAAAUGUCGUAUGUAA